CCCCGUGAUAACGGAUAACGCCGCCAUGCGACCACCAACUCAACCCCAGACUCUCCAGUGCACGUCACAACCUUCGCUCCCCAUUCCACGGUCCUUCGCAGACCUGUGUAAAACCUUUUCUUCCUUUGGCCUCACCUAGCACCUGCUCAGACCCAAACGACAGCCGCCAUGUCGUCAGAAAAGCCCUCACCAGAGCAGCCGCCGUCCUCGUCGGCGGCCCCCUCUGUCGACGGGGUCCAUGUCGCUUCCCCAGCCCCGACCCGCUGCCAGACAAUCCUCUCGUCCACAGACGCCUUUCUGGCCCGCCUCUACCGAUGCACGUCGACACGAUCCGGCGCCGAUGUCGUCUUGUUCUUCCUCACAUAUGGAUUUCGACUGUCGGCCAAUGUCCUCGAAACCGGCUCCCGCGCCGCCAUCCGCUCGUCGGCGAGUAAGCUCGUCGCCCUCGCCCUCCAGCUCCCGCCCUCGCAAGCCGUCAACUUUGCGAAAGAGGCGCCAUUUGCGAACCCGUUUGUCGGGCUCGCGCUUAAGCUCGCGUCGCGACUGAGGGCUGCCGUCGCCGUGCUGACCGAGGUGCGAACCUUUGGCCGACUCUGGGGCCUGCUGGGUCUGUACUUCUCGGCCAAGAAGCUCGUCCUGUCCGCGCGGGCGAAGAAACAGGAGGGCGAGAACUCUGCCGAGCGCACAUUUGACUUUAUCGUCGCUGCGGCGCAGAUCACAUGUCUCAUCUCGUUCCAAGCCACGGAGAACAUCACAUACCUCUCGAGCAAGAAGAUCCUGGGCUUCUCCCCUGCGACGCAGGGCAAGCUCAUCAUGUGGAGCGUGCGGUCGUGGGCGCUCUAUGUGGCGAUGGAACUGGCGCGGCUGGUGGUGGAGAGGCAGCGCAAGAUCUCGGCGGCCGGGGGCCGGCUCACGGAGAAGGACCAAGCGUGGUCCGAGGGUUGGAAGAGGGACUUUUUCAGAAACCUGGCCUGGUCGCCGGUCACGGUGCACUUUAGCACCCCUGGCGGGUUCCUCAGCGACUUUGCUGUCAGCGCCCUGGCGUUUCACCCGGCGCAGUCGCAGAUGCGGGAGCUCUGGGCUGCGAACAAAUAGGGGCAUGGCCAGGGGCACGGGUCUUCGGGACCUGGGCUGUUUCGAGGCGAAGCAUUGCAGGAUAUGGGUAAGAGCACGGUUGGAUAGCAAGCGCUCCAUUUUUUUGGCGAAGAGUGUGUGUAUACUGUGGUGCAGAGCAUAUAGACAGGCCACGAUCCAGGCAAUUCUCUAUCAUUAUUA